CACACACCUGUAGGCACACCUCUUAUUCAUUCUCUCGCGCCUCACUGAGAGUAUAAAUUUCUUUCCCUAGAAAAUCAUUGUUUCUUUUUCUCACUAACAGUUCUGAUUUUUCUGUCGUAUCGAUGCCUCAUUGGGGCAAUGUGAUGUCAUGAAGAUAAGGCAAAAGUCGGUUUGCGAUAACUGUCGGAGGCGUAAGCUGGGAUGUGAUGGAAUGCGUCCGGAAUGCACGCAGUGCAAAUGGAGCCAACAAGCCUGCCCUGGCUACCCCGAUCCAUGGACUUUUAUGCCACCUCAGGUAUCGGGGUCACGAGAUGCCCAAUAUAAUCUCAGCUCAGCGGACCUCGCAGCAAAGCCAGCCUCGAUAAUAGAUACUGGGCUGUCUAACGCAAACGACAUCCAGCCAGACCAUCGAGAGCAUCCAAAUAUCGUCACAAAGCCACCUUGUGAAGAUUCAUCGGGCAAUGACUUCGACAGAUAUGUGGCUCGCAUAAUUGAAUGCUAUAUGCCGGUCGAGGGGCAAGGCCGGGCAGACAGCAACCCUGUCGAUAGCCAGCCACGAAUAUGUGGUUCAUGGGUUGAAGUGAUGCCCAAGAUGAAAAAUGACAGACAUCCAGAAAACACCAUGGAGUUAGCUGUCAGAGCCUUUGCUCUCUCUCUUGAUCAGACUGGACAGGACACUUCGACCGCGUACCGAAAUAUUUUCCAUGCCUACGAAUGUGCUCUUGGGAGCCUGCGGCGUCACCUAGCUCGGCCGGCAUGUCAAUUUCAAGCAGAUAUCGCCAUUGCUAUAAUGUGUCUUGGCUUGGCAGAGCUGAUGAUCCCGGAAACUCCUACCGGAUUGACACCCCAUAUUAGAGGAGUUGGGAGCCUAAUCUGUGCCGAAGGACCACAAGCCUUUCAACGCGACAUAUUUCAUAAGCUCUACGUUGGCUAUGUGCCUCUCUUGAUCAUCGACUGUUUUCUAUCACGUAAGCCCAUGUUCAUCGCAGAGAGAAAUUGGCAGCACGAGCCGUUCACUUUGAACAUGCCAUCACCAAUACAGAAGCUUUUGUGUAAAGCUUCGGCCAUCCCGACCUUGUUGUCCAACGUCGAUCAGUUCAAGGCCGAGAGUCAGGAUAGCAGCUUGGCCGAGGAGAAUGUUCUCAAUGCAAGAGCUCUCAAAUUCUCCUUUGUCUCGGCCCUGACAAACUUGAAUGAAAUGGAAAAUGAACUGACAUCCCAAGGGCAUCGACCUUGCCAGCCACCUCCUUUGAAUUCUAAGUCUGUGGAGUCUAAGCACCUGGACCGCGUUCUCUGGUUCCCAGGUAUUACAAGUGCAAACGCACUGGUUUAUCUUUGGACAUUCAAAAUUAUCUGCAUGACUGAGCUCCGCGAGCUAGCAGAAUUUUCCGCUCCUCGGCAUAUUGAGGACGAAAUCUGUUCUCGCGACCUAUCUCCGGCUUCGCUUGAACACCAAAUCAAUGAGCUAGCCGUUUUGAUUUGUCAGAGUAUGGAAUACUGCAUCCAGGAUGAAAUGGCCCUUUAUGGACCGGCGUCUGCCAUCUACCCCCUUCGGAUUGCUCAUAAAAUUCUGAAGUCGGCUACGAACUACGGCGCACAUGUGACUUACAUUGAAUGGAUUGUGGAGCGUCUUGUCUCCAAAGGCCUUCGUGCAACGCCCUAUAUAGUCUUUUGCUCUUGA